UGCCGCAUUUGAAUUACCGCUGGUUCGUCGGUGCAGUGCAGUGUUCUUUCGCUUCACUUGUGGUCCAAGCGUGGCACCGUUUAUACCGACGAAGGCACCGACGCAAGUCCUUGGGUGGCAACGAGAUGAGCCAGCCCACUUCCUCAAAAGAUGGCGCAAGUCGACUGGCAGGUGCAAUGCGAAAGCUGCGCUCUCCUUCCAAGCGGCCAGCAGGGGUGAGCGUCAAUGGCCUGCGGAGGAGCUUCAGCACUACCUGCAUCAAAGAAAACAAGCCACAGGUGGCCCUUUCGAGCCAGCCCAAGAAGGCACGUCCAGGUGCAGCCGCGCCAGUGCCAUUUGGCCGGUUGCAGCGCAAUGUUGUGGGAUCCGCCCUCUGCUUGGAUAGUGCUAAUGCACGGCCAAAAGCCUCCAAUGGGGCCCUGUCAGCAUCCACGGCUGGCAAGCGAAAGCCCUGGGAUCUGCAGGGUCGCCUGCACGACCUUGAAGAGCGCAUCAAGGGCAUGAGCGGUGAGAAGGAGCAGCUGAGCCAGCAGAGCACCAGCAGGCUGCAACAGCUCGAGCAGCUGCAAGCAGAGUUGCAGGCCGAGCGCACCAGAACUUCCCAGCUGACGGCCCAAGUCUCACAGCUGGAGUCUGCCCUCAGCUCGCUGGAGACCGAGAAGCGCUCGACUGUCGCAGAGAGGGACUCUCUGUCCCAGCGGCUGUGUUCCUCUGCCCAGCUGGUGGCCACCCUAGAGGGGUCUCUUGCAGUUGCCAAUGGAUCCCUGGUGGCCCUUCGUUCUGAGCGGGAUGCACUCAAGGCCCAGCAAGAGUCGCUGGAGUCCCAGCGGUCCACCCUGGCAUUGGAGAAGGGCCGGUUGGAGUCCCUAGUUUCCGAGCUUCAUGCACGAGUGGCAGCACAGGAGGACCAGCUCAACGCUUCCGAGCAAGACCGGCGCCAGCUGCACAAUGCCCUGCAGGAGCUCAAGGGCAACAUUCGAGUGUUCUGCCGCCUGCGACCAUUGCUGCCAUCGGAAACAGCUCCACAGAGGCCGUUUCUGUUGCUGCCCGAUGAACGGACAGUCGAGGUGGUGCGGACAGACCCAGAG